AUGCGCAGCGUGUACGGCAUCAUCACGCCCUGGAACUACCCGCUCAUGAUGGUGAUCUCGAAGAGCGUUGCCUGCCUCGCCGCGGGCAACACGCUGAUGCUCAAACACGCCCAGGUGUGUCCACUCACGCCGCUCAACCUGGCCGAGCUCACGGUGCGCGCCCGUAUACCGCCGGGCGUCUUCAACGUGCUCACGAGAUCCGGCGCCGUCGUCGGACAAGCCAUGUGCGGCCACCCUUUGCCGAGAAAGGUGGUGUUCACGGGAUCCACAGAAAUCGGUCGUGCCAUCAUGUCGAGCUGUGCCGCACCGUAUACUUGA